AUUAUCAUGCGCAAUGUGUUUACUUUUAUAGGAUUUAAAGUGUAUACAAUGUAAAGUAGUUAUCUUACUGUUUAGAAACUCGCGGGCUUGAUUAUCACUCAAUUCGUUUUUAAGAUCGAAAGUAAAAGUAACAAAAGGCAAAUUUGUAUAGUAGUUCGUAAUCUUACUGUUUAGAAACUGGCGAGCUUGAUUGUAACCCCAUUCGUACUAUUGAAAUCGAAAGUAAAAGUAAAAACCGGAAAUUUGCGUGUAUUGAGGCCGUUGUUAUGGAAUCUGCUGCGUAAUUGGUAUUUUGUUAGGGACACGUCGACGUUUCGUUUUCGUUUAUAUUGUUUCAAGAUAACUACACAUUUGGUAUUUGAUUGCGAUGGCGAGCGCCGGUAUUGAAGAUGUAUAUGCAAGAGAAGACGACCAAGCUUGGACCAAAAUCCAGGAAGAAAACAAGGCUAUACUUACUGAAAUUACAGAGCUGUGCAAUCGGCCGGACAGAAAGACCCCAGAAGUGCUCUUUCUUCUUGGAGGUCCAGGAGUGGGGAAAAGUUCCUUGGUAAACACCAUCAACAAGGCCUUAUGCGGAAAGUACUACCCGAAAGCUAAAACAGGAAGUGGGAAUGCGCAAUCGAAAACUCUAACACUCCAAUGGUUUGAACAUAGUGGCGUUCAGAUGUUUGAACUGCAGGGUGCGCAAAAAGACGCGUUUUCAAAAUGUCUGCAUUUGUUGCCAAAUGUCAUAGACGCGGCUGGAAACGAAGAUCAUAAUUCGGCGGAAUUGCGUGAAAUUCUAGAGAUGGUGUUUGGAGGUUUUAUUCCUCCCGGAACGUCUGUUGAAUUUCUUCAAGAUCAACAAAAAGAAGGCAAGGUGGGUUGUCUGAAGCGAUUAUACCCUCUCUGCAAUGAGGAAUGGAAAGUGACGAAGGUCGUGUUUGUUGCUAGCUGUAAGGAACCACUUCCAACGCAAAUGGUUGAAUGUCUCAAUGAAGUUCUCAGAGCUUAUGACAAAAAGACGGGAUUUCCCAAAUUCAAUAUCGAUGUAUUUGUUGUCAUUACAAAAUACGAUUUGGUGGAAGAACAGAAACGAUUUCCCGCAGUCCGCCAACAGGAACAAAUUACCAUGGAGAAAUUCCUGGAACACGAGCGCGAAGUAGCGACGCAUUUCAGCAUCGACGGUUCUUUAAAGCACAACAGCAUCCGCUGGGUGAGCUACGUGGACGGUCAUAGCGAGGAUAAUCCUUUCAUCGAGAACAUCGCUCUGAAGUUCGUGCGGCAGAUGAUGCAACCUGGACGGAGUAAACAUCAAGUAGAAAACGCACCUUCUACUGUUGUCACUCCUCUAGUAGAGAUGUCCCGGGACGCUGAGAGAUGGUUGGCAGAAACUAAUGUGAAUAUGAAAACAGCUCUGCUCGUGCUGGUGGCUGCAUUGAUCAUCGCCUUAAUUUACCACUUACUCACAAGAAGUCCUGAAUCAAAGAUGGACUUAUGAAUUCCUAAAACGACUUCAAUUUCCAGAAAACGGAUUCGAAUUAUACCAAAUUUAACGUA